AUGAUACCCAUUGAACUCAAUAUCUUCUUCAUGACCAUCUAUAUGCUUGAAUCCUUGAUAAUAAUUGUACAGAGCAGCUUAAUUAUUGUAGUGCUGGGCAGAGAGUGGGUACAGUUCAAAAGGUUGUCACCUGUGGACAUAAUUAUCAUCAGCCUGGGCAUAUGCCACUUCUGUCUACAGUGGGCAUCGAUACUGUUUGAUUUUUGCUCUUUUUUUGACCUUAAUUAUAUACUUUGGUGCUUCUCAGUCACAUGGGAAUUUACAAAUACAUUAAUCUUCUGGUUAACCAGCUUGCUCGCUGUCUUCUACUGUGCCAAGGUCUCUUCUUUUACCCACCCCAAGUUCCUCUGGCUGAAGUGGAGAAUUUUGAGGUUGAUUCCCCAGCUGGUACUGGGUUCUCUGAUGAUAUGUUGUGUAUCAAUGAUUCCUUCGAUUUUUAAGAAUUACUUCCGGGUUCUGUUAAUCACUAUGGACUAUGCACCCACAAACGACACUAUGAUUGAGAGACUUAAGGUGUUUCCAUGGAACUUUUUCAAGUUUCAUCAAUUAGUUGUGUUGUUUAUUCCUUUCAUCCUGUUCCUGGCCUCCAUCGUCUCACUAAUGACCUCGCUGAAGCAGCACUCGGAGCAGAUGCGGCACUACAACGCUGGCCACUGCAACUCCAAUAUGAGAGCUCAUUCCACCGCCCUGAAGUCUCUCAUCAUCUUUGUUAUCUUCUUCACCUCUUAUUUUUUGUCUGUAGUCAUUGCCUUGUCAUUCAGCCUGUUUGAUAAGAGACCUUGGUUCUGGAUCUGGGAAGAUGUCAUCUAUGCUCUAGUCUCUAUCCGUUCCACUUUGCUGAUGCUGAGUAGCCCUACAGUAAGAAAGAAUCUAAAGGUAAAGUGCAAGGUCCUGGAGACCACCUGA